GGCCAUUGGAAUUUGGAUUCAAAUUUUGUUUUUUACUUUUCAUUGCUCAAAAAACCCCAAGUUCUUCUCAUAAUUCAUUAAAAAACUAGAAUGUCUAGGAAUUGUUUAUUUAUUGACUUUAUUAUCAAAUCGAUCUAAUUAUCAUCAUACAUUUUCCCUAAUCCAAAGUUUUUCCCUCGCGAACAAAGUUUUUAUGAAUUUUACCUUUUUAACGCGCGAUUUAUUCAUCUUCAGAUAAACUUGCUGUUAACCAUCUGCAAGAUAAAUUUGCCGCUCUAUAAUUCUCUUGGUCGGUGGAUAACUGGACGGCCAAUCGGAUUAUAGAUUGAGUUUUUAUCAGUCAGAAUGCAUACAUCACAGUUUAUCAGAAGGUGAAUAAACCGCCCCUAAGUAUUUUCUUUUAAACCAGUCAUUUUAGAGUUUCUCUCCCUCUACUUCAUCCUGUUGCCUUCAAUGGACUUUGUGAUUGUUUACGAACUUACGUCGUUCAAUAAAUAUUAUUCAUUAUCGCGAAUUUCAUAAGUAUUUUGUUUUGCUUUUUAUCACCAUCCAUGAAUUGAAUUAUCGGUUCUACCUUCAUAGGUACUUGCAAAAAAGCUAUUCAGGCACAGUUUAUUGCGUAGUUGAGCGCCAAAGAAACAGUGCGCAUAAAAUCAGUGAGGCAUAAAACAAACCUUUAAAAAAUUACUUUAAAACGUUCAUUAUUAUCUUAUCUACUUGUCAAAUUAUUUUAAAUAUAAACUUCGAUAUUAUUUAAUUAUUCAUACGCAAUAAUUUAUUGUCUUGCUAAGUGGAAAUCAUGAUUUAUUUAAGGACAUUUAUUGUGCUGUUUUUUUUUGGAAUUAAUUAUUAUGUUGUUUCUGGUAAGGACGGAGAUCAACUCAAAGCUGUAGUUGUGCUUUACAGACACGGUGACAGAUCGCCCUUGCGCUCGUGGCCGAAUGAUAUCUAUUUUGGUAAUUCAUCCCUGUGGCCUGACGGUUAUGGACAACUAAAUAAUUUAGGCAAAGAACGUCAUUAUAAGCUCGGACAAUGGUUUCGAGAACGCUACGAUGGAUUUUUACCAAAAAGAUACAACUGCAGCGACAUAUAUGUGCGCUCCACGGACGUAGACCGAACUCUUAUGUCGGCAGCCUCUAACUUGGCCGGCCUAUAUCCUCCGGAGGACGAUCAAGUCUGGAACAGCGCUAUCCCUUGGCAGGCAAUUCCAAUCCACACAAUUCCAAAACUUGAAGAUCCAAUUCUGACCCAUGUUCCUUGUCCAAAGCACGAUAGACUAGAACAAGAACUCAUGAACUCAGAAGAAUUUCAAAAAUUGAACUUGGAACUUGCAGAUCUUUAUAAGAAUAUUUCAGAACUCACUGGAAUUCCUAGCGUGGACCUCAAUACAUUUUCUCUAUUAUUCACCACAAUCAACAUUUACAAAGGUUACAAUCUGACUUUACCAGACUGGAUCGAAUAUUAUUGGCCAGAAAUCGAAAUGUAUGCAGCCAAACAUUUUCAAUUGCACACAUACACAGAUGAACUAGCUAGAUUGAGAGCUGGACCAUUUUUGGACUACCUUUUGAGCUAUUUUGAAGAUUUUAAUGGAGGAAAUUCAGUAAAAUCGAAAUUCUUAAUGUUGAGUGCCCAUGAUUCUACCAUAGGAGAUCGUACCAAUGCCAUGGGAGUUUAUCCAGGCGCUGUACCUGAGUUUGCUUCUACAGUGAUUUGGGAACUCAAAAAUAACGGUCAAAUUGAUUAUGUUAAUAUGUACUUUAAAAAUAGUACUGAUUUCAGUAAACUUGUUUUGCCAGGCUGUAGUUUUGAUUGUAGUUUGAGUGAAUAUGCUAGUUUGCUAGAGCCUUUGAGAGCUACUGUAGAUCAAUGGACUAUAGAAUGUAAUGAAGUUUGAAUUUGGAUGUUAUUUUAUAAAAUACAGCCAUGAAUAGUCAUGAGCAUAAAAAGGGGGACUCCCGUUUUUUUCUAUUGUAAAACGAGCUCAUCAGCUAUACCUACGGCAAUGACAGCGAUUAUCAUAUUUGACAAAAAAUCCAUUGUAGAGAAAAUACUGAUUUACCCAUAAUAGCGAAAAAUGACAAGACCUGCCAGUCGGGUGUCCCACUUUUCAUGCUCACGACUGUACCUACUCUAGGUUAUAGUAAUAAAUAACGAAAAAAAAAAAGAAGUUUUUGAAUUUGACACUGAGGUGACGUACCUACGAUUUGAGGCAACGAAGAACAAUCGCCUACUCCGCUUCGGCCCUA